AUGGCUAGUGAAGUUAACGAAGUAGUGGAAUUGUUGAACUGUAUCAGACAGUUUGAAACAGACGUUAAAAGUGAGAACGACGAGGUGGCCGAGAACUGGCGACAAUAUCUUAUUACUGAUGAACAGAAAGCGAAGAAAUUUGUAAAAGUAAAACAGAAGCUGCAGCGUGCGUUGCGAAAUUCUGAGAAGGAAGUGUCACGAAUGAGUGAAAAGGUCCGGAAAGCCAAGAAAGAAUUCGACUAUUGCGACAAGCAAGUAACAGAGUACACAGCAGCGAUUAUGGCUGCUCAAUAUGAACAGGAUGAGAUGGAGUUGGAAAGCAGAGAUUUCGAUAAAAUAUUCGCUGCGGUAGAAGAAAAUAUCGUCGAGUGCAUUUUAAAAACCAAAAUUCUAAUCUACAAACAAGUGCAAGACGAAAAAAAAGGGAUUGGAAUCGACGCUAAGUUAAGACUACUCGACGGUAUCAAUAGUGGACCACGUCCGGAAGACGUAUCAGCUGUUCAAAUGCAUAAUGACAAGUUAACUCCUUUUCCCCAAUCGUCUCUUGAAAUUUGA